UCUCAGUCUUGUGUGACAGCUCGGUAGAGAAACAUCGUGUGAUAUUUGAAUUGUGCUGUAAACAUUGACAAGUGAGUGCUUGAGAAUGGUCAACAACGAAAUUAGUAUGGCAGAAAGACAGCAUCUACUCUCAAUAUCUAUUGAUAAUAUAACAAAAAUGGGAGAUCUGUUUAAAUGUGUUGGUGAAAUGCAACUAUUAAUGUUAAACUGGGUUGUCCAAGAAAUACAGAGUAUAACUGAGCAAUACGAUCAAGAUGCAGCCACGGGAAGGCCUUCAUCGUCAUCACAGACUCCUGUCCUGGUGUCUCAACAGAAUUCUCAAAGACUCCUACUGCAGCUUUCCGCCCUGUUAUCCCAACACACUAUGCGAACACCUUCAGUACCAGCUGCUAGACAAGAGGUGAGAUCACCAGCACAACAAUCUGCCAUCCAACCACCACAAGCCAACAAUCAUCAGCGACGAUCUAGCGGUCCAGUGUUUCGAGAAAGGACAAUUAGGAUACAUUCAGCAGCCCCCUUUUACAGGAUGCACAGAGUUCGGGUAUUUCACCGUAGAUGAAUUACAAUAAUUGGAAGAAAACGUAGGAGAAGUGAGGAAAAGGAUAUUAAAACAUCGAUUACAUUAUUUUAGAUAAUUUAGUCAUCAAACUUAAUCACUAAUCAAGAGAAUUUUACGUAAUUUUUAUAUUCAGAUUGAUUUAUUUUUUUUCAUUAAUUUAAUUAUAAGAUUAUUUAUGUAAAUUACACUGCAAAUCGUAGUGUUUUACUUCAAUGCACUUGAAGUGUUUUAAUAUGACGUUUUCCACGCGAUUAACAUUGUAGUCACUUUGGAUGCACUUGAAGGUCUUCAAAAAGUGACUACAAUGUUAAUCAAAUGAAUGAUGCCAUUUUAAAACACUUUAAA